AUGGUUGAUUCUGAGGAUGGUGCAGUGAACAUUCUCCUUUUGAACUUGGCAGAAGUCAUCAGUUUCAGCUGUGAAUGGAGCUGGUUUCUCGUUACAGACAACAAUGUAGUCGGAUCCGGCGACCUUCUCCUUGAGGGCCUUGAGGGACUCAGCGACGGUUUCCUUGGUGUUCUGAAAGAGAAACCACCACCGCCGCCUCCUCCGGCAGAUGGGAACAAGAAGGCUGUCGCCACGGACAAACCAAGAAAUAAAAACUAUCAGAUGGAGAGGAUCUAUCUCGCUCUUUCUCCAAAUAAGAAAGAAAAGAAAAGAGAAAUGAGAUGCCAUGUGGAAGCAUCGUGGUCCAUCUUUUAUACGGCCGUUAUGGCCUAG